GGUGGGUGUCCCCGGAGUGGGGGAAUUGGGGGCUGGUCUGGGCCUGCGCGCGGUGGGCAAAGCCCGGCUCCGGGCCCGGGCGGCGGGGCUCCGGUCGCGCGCUAGCGUCGGGCCCCAGGGACCCCGGACGGCGGCGGCUGGAUGGGCAAGGCGCAGACUCCCAGGCGCGUCCCGGGUGACCCCCUGGCUGCGCCGGCGCUUGGCAAGAAGCCACCUCGAAAGAAAAGCAGGAAAAAGAGAUUCUGGGAAAGCAAAGGGCGAGAAACAAGCAAGAAACCGGGAGGCGGCCCGAGCGUCGUCGUGGUGCGGCCUCCAAAGGCGCCAGAGGACUUCUCCCAAAACUGGAGGGCGCUGCAGGAGCUCCUGAAACAAAAAGCACAGGCCCCGGAAAAGCCUCUUGUCUCUCAGACGGAUUCCGAAAAGCAGCCCAAGAUUAUCCCACAAAAGAGAAAAGCGACCCCAAAUACAGCACAGAGAAGUGAGAUGGGGACGGAGACCACAGACCCCGAGGCCGGCGGCAGCGCUGUUCCUUCACGGUCUCCAAGGCCCAGGAAGGUGCCGGCACCCCCCCCAGAGGCCAACACAGCAGAGCACGAUGAGAAAGGAGCCAAGAAAAGGACAAACGGCGACAUUCCUCCCAAAGGAGGAGACGUCAAGCAUAAGAAGCGGAAAGCUGAGGACGUGACUGCGGCCUUGCCUCCGGCCCUGCCCGCCGAAGAAGACAUCUGGUUUGAUGACGUGGACCCGGCAGACAUCGAGGCAGCCCUGGGCCCCGAGGCAGCCAGGAUAGCAAGAAAGCAGCUGGGGCAGAGCGCAAGCAGCAUCACGCUGGUGAAGGAGCAGGCCUUCGGCGGCCUGACGAGAGCCUUAGCCAUGGAUUGUGAGAUGGUGGGCGUGGGCCCCAAGGGGGAAGAGAGCGUCGUCGCCCGAGUGUCCAUUGUGAACCAGUAUGGGAAGUGUGUUUAUGACAAGUACGUCAAGCCCACCCAGCCGGUGACGGACUACAGGACGGCGGUCAGCGGGAUACGGCCAGAGAACCUCAAGCAGGGAGAAAAAUUGGAAGUCGUGCAGAAGGAAGUGGCCGACAUGCUGAAGGGCCGGGUCCUGGUUGGACACGCGGUGCACAACGACCUGAAGGUGCUGUUUCUUGAUCACCCAAAAAAGAAGAUUCGGGACACACAGAAAUACAAACCCUUCAAGAGUCAAGUGAAGAGUGGAAGGCCAUCUCUGAAGCUGCUCGCAGAGAGGAUCCUGGGGGUCAGGGUGCAGCAGGCAGAGCACUGUUCGAUUCAGGACGCCCAGGCAGCAAUGAGACUCUACAUCCUGGUGAAGAAGGAGUGGGAGAGUAUGGCCCAGGACAGGCGCCCCACAGCCCCCGCUCCAGACGGCGGCAGCGUCUCCAUCCCUGGGCGGUCGUGACCAAGUACGGGACAGCUCGGGUUUCCCUGGCAACUCUGUCGAAACAUGUUCCCCAUCCUGGUGGCAGGGCGUGGGGGUGUGCUGCUGAGAACUGCUUCCCUCUGAUUUUGCCAUCUGAGACCUGGUCCCCCUCCCCCCACGCAGGGGGGCGGGCAGCGUGGGCAGGAGUGUGUCCUGGGCGGAUGUGGAGGGGCACUGGGACCCUCCGCCAGGACGGGGGGUCGGGGCCGCCUAUGCCGUGCUGUCACCGCAGCGUGACGGCAGCUUUGCAGGGAUUUGCCCCGUCCCAGGGGUGGGAAGUACCCGGUCAUCCCCUGGGUUUUCAGCACCUUCCCUGGAGGGGGCCCCUCCUUCCUCUGCCUCAGGUCACGUAAAGAACUGCGCUGGACUCGGCCCUGCCCCGUCUCGGAGUUAGCUGUGGCUGCCUUUGGACUUUGAGAGGUUUUCCGAGGACGCUGUUCCUUCCUCAGCCCCCCACCCCCUCCCCAUGUAUCCACCCGCCAAGUUUAAGGGCAGGGCCCACAGUGUGGCGGUGAGGCUCGGGUUGCCUGAGCUCGGUGACAGCAGUCACUCCCAGAGGCGGGUACCCCUCCGCAUCUAGGACAGACGUGCUGAUCCCCCCGCUGUGGGGCGGAGCAUCGUGUGGGUUUGACCCAGGUGUGAGGGUCUUCUGAGAACAGUGGGCAGCCGCGGGUCGCACUCGGUGCAUAAAGCCCCAGGCUUUACCAGGCCGCCUGGCCGCUGCACAAGGAGGGCCCGGACUCGCUGAGGGUAUUUAACAUAAAUGCCGGUUUUUACUU